AUGUCCGGAGGUAGCCCACCAUCGGAUGCGUCUCAGAGGCGGCAGCGUCGACAGGACGAGUCUGCGCCCGCAUCGCAAUCUGCGUCGAAGCCUACUUUUGGCAACUUUCGCCGAUACUACCACAUCCGCAACCCAGGGCACAACUCUGAAGCGGGACAAGGCACAGGCGCCGACGAUGUGGCCGCUUCCUUCAGUACCCUAGAUCCGCGCGUACCGGCGAUGCUUGCAUUCCUUGAGCGCCACUUUGCCGUAAAGCAUGCUGCGUGGCGGGGCCCCAACCGUGUCCUCGACAUCGGCUGCAACUCGGGAAAGGUGACGACAGAGCUCGCUCAAGGGCUCGCUAUCUCCUGGAGUCAAAGCAGCACAACAACGAGGAUCCCGGAGCUGGUGCUGGGCGUCGAUGCCGAUCCGGGCCUCAUCGCAGAGGCGCAAUACGCGGCCGGCAUCUCCUGGAGCCAGUGUCGACCUCCGCCGCAGGCGAUGGGCGAUGAGGUGCUACCUCUUUCGGAUCAACGUUCCUUCCAGUACUUUCCCGCUUGCUUCCCAUAUCUCUACGGUCCGCUACCGUACCCCUUGUCGGUGGAAGGGGCCUCUUCGCGGGAGCCUCGCUCAAAGAAGCGCAAAGUGUCGCCAUCGGCCCUCGACGCGUCUUCGGACACUGCGACCGAGCUCCUAGGUCCCGCUCCUUCUCGCGCGUUUAGCGCACUGCGCUUCAUCGCAGCUGAAUGGGUCCGUGCAGACCUCGACGCCGAUGGAACGCGGGAGCCCAAGGACGGGGCACCAGCGCCGGAGACGGAGGCGUCGAGCCGCCACGGCGGUGCCUGGCAGCGUAGUCUCUCGACUGCAUCCAUGGCCGUAACGCUGCAAGAGCUUUCGGCGCACGAGCGCGCGGGCUUCGAUGUGAUCGUCUGCCUCGCCGUCACCAAGUGGAUUCACGUGCACCAGGGCGACGGCGGUCUGACCCGCCUGUUUGCCCGCAUUGCGCGAACGCUGCGUCCCGGCGGCUGCCUGCUCAUCGAGAGCCAGCCAUGGAGGAGCUACGAAGAGGCAAGACGGAUGGGACCCGAGAUCCGCGCCAGAAUGAGUGGCCUGCAGCUGAGGCCCGAGGGCGACUUCCAGUGGAUCCUCGAAGGCCUCGGGCUGUUGCACGAAGGGCGCAUCGGCGAUGGUCCAGGCAUGGGCUUUGUGCGCCAGGUCGAGGCUUUCGUCAAGCCGCACGGGCCGAUUUCCGCCUCGGCGAUGCAAAUGGGCGACACCUUGCUCGGGAUUGGCACGGAUACCAGGGCAGGGUUACCAUGGGUUGCGAGGUACCCCAGGCGCGGUGCGAGGGAAGGGGCUGCGGCGGAGGGGGAGGCGUCAGGAGACGCGUCGGUCGAAGACGGCUUUGCGGCGGGGGCAGGCUAG